GGGGACAAAUUGGUUUGUUUUGACAAAUCAGCUGAUUAGUUGCUAGCUUCUGCAGGAAUACCGUCUGUUUACUUUUCGCAUUUCCUUGCAAAAGAGAAUAAACCUUACUCUCUCAGAUAGAUGUUGCUGGACAAUGUUUGAAGAAAAAAGUCUGAGAGUCUGGAGUCACUUAGAAAUCUGAAAUAAAAACUCAAAGAAUGCAUUGUUUCGUAUGUUUGCUGGACAACAAGGAGACACUGCCUAUAUACGGAAAAGAUGUUUUGGAAUACAACAUUUCGGAUAUGAUAGAUAAACACUUAAAUUUGAAGCCCUAUUCAAUGGACGGUAGUGAAAUAUGUGUUGAUUGCUGGAAUAAAUUAACUGACUUCCAUGAAUACUAUGAAAACGUAAGGACGGCGCAUGAGCAACUGGAGACUAUAUCAACGAAAAGUAAAGAUCAUGGCCAUGAUAGUAUUAUCGUUAAAGAGGAGUUUCAGGUUAUAUCGCCUAAUAACAGCAUUAGCAACGUUAUCGGGACGGAGGAUAUGUUGACGGGUGAUCCUUUUUUAAGCAUUGAUUUGCCCAGCCAUGACACACACGGGGUAAAAGAACAGCUGACUGAAAAUGGAAGGCAAGAGCAGGACGAAAAGGACAUUGAAAGUGAAAACAGCACCACACACUGCUGGGCAGCAGAUACAGAAUCAGAUGACAGCGAGGACUCAAAACCUCUAGCAAAUGUAUCAAGAGAACUGCAAGAAAAUAACACAAAACAAUCUGAAGUUAUACAAAUAAGGGAAAAGCGUUUGACGCGCAAGAAUACCCCCAAGCAACGAAAGUGUCAUCUACUUCUUGAGCAGAACGAGCAACUUAUUAAAAAGCACAUACAUAUGCUAUGUCAAAUAUGCAAUUAUAUCUGUGAUGAUUUUAAAAAUGUUAUUGCACAUUAUAAAGCAAAACAUACGGACACUAAACCACACAUUAUAUGUUGUGAUCGAAAGCUGGAUUGUCCCUCGGAUGUCUUACAACAUGCCUAUUAUCAUGAAGAUCCCAACUAUUUCAAGUGCAACGAAUGUGGAAGGAGCUAUAAAAACAAUUCAUCCCUAAAAGAUCACUAUAGAAGGCAACAUGCUCCAGAGACAAAUUUCACUCAUAAAUGUGACCAAUGUCCUAGAAAAUUUGCCCGUAAACAUCUAUUGGAACAUCACAAGUCAAAACAUGUACCGGUAACAGAAAGGUCACAUUUCUGUGAUAUUUGUGUACCCAGAAAAGCCUUUGCCACCGAAUACAUAUUACAAAUUCAUGUGAAAAAUCGUCACUAUAAACCUGUCAAUGUAUGCCAUGUGUGCGCCAAGGAGAUACACGACAAGCAAGCAUUUGAAAAACAUGUUCGAUCACAUUUUGAAACCAGUGGACCAAGGAUAAAAUGUCCGCGUGAGGGCUGUGAACGAUGGCUAAAGGACAAAGACAAUUUGAGACAGCAUUUAAGAAGAUUUCACGACACGAAACAAUAUAAAUGUCCGCAGUGCGAACGAAUAUGCAAAAAUAAACAUUCCUUGACUUGCCAUUUGAACUUUACCCACAACACCCAGGAGUACACGUGCGAAGAGUGCCAUAAGAACUUUAAGAGCCAACAAACACUAAGGGAACACAUGGCUGGACAUGCGGGAGAACCACUGUAUAAUUGCCCAUUUUGUAGUAGAAAAUUUAAUUCCAAGGCAAACAUGUAUUCUCAUAAAAAGAAAGCUCAUCCAGUAGAGUGGAAACAGUUGAAAGUUAUAGGCUCUAAGUAAAUCAGUGAACCUAUAAAUAAAAUGUAUUCCCACCAAAAGAAAAAGUCCAGACUUGGGUUU